AUGUUAUACUUGUAUCUACUACUACUACCUUUAGUUACUGCGAUUCAAUGGUUCCCAUUAGAUUCAGAUGGAAAUAUUCCUAAAAUUCAACCUUAUUUAAAAAAUCAAGAGAUUUUUUUUGAUUGUAUACAAAGAAAUAUAGAUAAUGGUGAACAUAAAUUUGAUCAACAAAAUAAAAUAAUAUAUGGACCUUUUCCUAAAUGUAAAGAGACUCAGAAACCUUUUGUUUUUGAAUACGGUAUAAAUGAAGAUUUGAAUUGUACUAUUCAAUUUACUGAUGAAUUAUAUCAUUUAUUUCAAUUAUAUAUUCAUGAAGAUGUCCCAUUUAGUUGUAGAUUACCAUUAUCUUCAGAAGUUGCUUCAUUAGAGAAAGGUGGAGCUUUUAUACCUUUUACGUUCAACUUUAGAGGUGAAAUCACUGAUUCUCAUAUUGAUAUUGAUCAUUCAUUGAAUGUGAUAAUUACAAAACCUAAUGAACAAAAUACAUUUAUAAGUGCUGUUGCUUAUGGUUCAGGAACAAACACCACCAGAGUAGUAAUAGGAGAUGAAGUUACAUUAAAUUUUGCAAUUAGAUGGUUAGAUCAAUUGAAAGUUGUUGGAUCAAAAGGUUAUGAUUUACCUUAUAAAGAUGGUUUUUAUAAAUUUGAAACAACAACUUCGAUAGUUUCAUUAUUUUAUGUUCCAAUUGCAUGUAUUAUAACAGCAGUAAUUGUAUUCUUAAUAACUUAUAAAAAGAGAAGGUAUCAACCAUUAGAUAUUGAAAAAAAAGAUUAA